AUUGUGAUCUUGCUGUUGGAAGCAGGUGCAAAGGCAGACCUGCAGGGUGAGACUAACUGUACAGCUCUUAUAUGUGCAGCUCAGCAAGGCAACGAAGAGAUGGUUCGCUUGCUGCUGAGAGCUGGUGCAGACAAGGAUCUUCAAACUUUUUUUGGAGUAACAGCUCUCACUUAUGCGGCUGAAAAGGGCCACUUGCAGACCGUGCGAUUGCUGACGGAUGCAGGUGCAGACAAGGACGUACAAGAUCUCAAUGGCUUAACAGCCGUCAUGCAUGCAGCCAGAGCAGGUCACACGGAGGUUGCGCAGGCUUUGGUGCAUGCCGGCGCCGACGUUAACUUGAAGGGCCGUUUCAACGAUACAGCUCUUCUUUGUGCAUCUGGAUAUGGUCACUUGGAGAUAGCACGUUUGCUUCUAGAAGCGGGCGCUGACGCAGAAUUGAAAAAUGACCUGGGCGGAACAGCUCUCAUUGUUGCGUCUGAAAAUGGACACAUUGGGAUUGUGCGGUUGUUGUUGGCUGCUGGUGCCGACACGAACCUGCAGAGCGACUGCCGCGGGACAGCGCUCCUGCUUGCAGCUGAAAAGAACCAUGUGGAGAUAGUACAUUUGCUUCUGGAAGCUGGCGCUGACAAAGACCUGCAGGGCCAGUGCGGCGAAGCCCCACUUGUUGUUGCAACUGCGCUGGGACACGUGGAGGUUGUACGGUUGCUUCUGCAAGCAAGUGCUAACGCGGACUUGCAGGGAGAGUUCGGCUACACAGCUCUCAUGCGCGCAGCUGAGAGCGGUUUCGUCGAUAUUGCACGUUUGCUCUUAGAUGCUGGAGCUGACAAAGACCAGUUGAGCGACCACGGCAACACUGCCCUGAUAUAUGCUGCCCAAAGAGGCCGCACGGAGAUUGUGUCCUCGCUGCUGGAGAACAGUGCUGACAAGAACGUGCGGGGUGACUGCGGCCAGUCAGCUCUUACUUUUGCAGCUGGAAACAGCCACAGGGAGAUUGUGCGAUUGCUAUUGGAUGCGGGUGUUGACAAGGACUUGGGAGAGGGCGGCGACGCUGCCUUCAUGCGUGCAGCAAAGAGAGUCUAUGAGGAGGUCGCCUCUGACGGACACAGCUUCAGGGCGAGGACUCAGCCUCCGCAGAAGCAUUCGAGAUCAUGA